AUGGAUCGUAUUGUGUGGGGGCUUUGCACCGCAUUGCAGCGGAAGGACGCUCGUUUCGUGAAUCCGUUUCACUAUGUGCAAAUCAUGGCGACACUCUCGCGGCUCCCACCAUACAUCCUGUCCCGCGCUCCUCGACCUAGGCGUCAGGCACUGCAAAACCUCGAGGCCCUCACCACGAUGGGCGCUGACGAAGCGGCAAGAAACACGGAGACGGUGGCGGCUGCAGCACCAGCAGCAGAAAAGCAGGAAACCUCAGAGCGGCGCUCUAUGAUCGUCGAUGGGAAGACUUCGCAUACAGCCGAGGAGAUGUGGGAGUACAUUAUUGCCAAGACGUGCAUAUUCAUUCCAAGCCUCACGUCGAGUCAGCGGUGCCGAGCGUGCCGUGGGCUGCGGCUGGCGGUGCUGAAGCGCGAGAGUGCUUUGGCCCGCAGCUCACGUGGUGAUGCCCGGCGCUCUGCGAGUAUGUCCCUGGCGGAAACACUGCUGCUGCCCAUGGCCCAUGAACUGUCGCGGUACCCGAAGGACUACGAGGCUGCCAUGUUCAGCCGCGCGCCCGAUGAGAAGGGCUAG